AUGACCCGAUGCAGGGCAUCUUUACUCUUGAUCGCUGUGCUGUUAGCUUCAAUUGGAUCUCCACUCGUUAGCGCAGCGGAUGAAUCAUGCCCGAAUGGCUGCUCGGGCAAUGGGGUUUGCGAUAAACAGCUAACCUGCCAUUGCUACGACGGAUUCUUCGGAUACGACUGCUCACUCAAAUACUGCCCCGUUGGCAAGGCUUGGGGCGUUAUCCGGGGAACCAACGAUGCUCAUGGACCCGAGGAAUGUUCAGGACGUGGAAUUUGUGCUUACUCGAGUGGUUCAUGCAGUUGCCAGUCGGGAUUUACCGGCCCUGCCUGCCAGUACACUCAAUGCUUGGAUUCCUGUUCCAAUCACGGCAAAUGUAUCUCUAUGAAAAUGUUGGCGGAGAAUGAGGUGAUCCCACGAGAACUGUACGACCGAAGUGCCUUUGUGUACGACCAGAUGUGGGACUUUGACGUGAUGCACGGAUGUCAAUGCGACGCUGGAUUUCAUGGUCAUAGUUGCUCCCUUAAAAAUUGUCCAGUCGGAGAUGACCCUCUCACUGCCGGUCAAGUGAACGAAGUGCAGUUGAUACAGUGUUUAACAACGUACCAGAAACAAGCGAUCGUGUUGCAAGCGGACGUUCCGCUCACAAAAGGCAAGUUCAUUUUGAAAUUCGGCAAGCAAUAUACCCGUCCCAUCUCGUUCAAAGCGCUGGCUGAUCAGGAUUCAUUUGGGCCAUCAGUUGCUACAUCUCUGUUAGCGUUGCAAGGAGUGGACGCAGUUGCAGUCAUUCGUACAGAUCCACUACCAACCCGAACGGAGUGGAGUAUAACUUUCCCGACAUCCAAUACGAAACAUAAUGCCGUUGUUCCAGGGUGGAGAAGUGUUGAAGUCCAGCAGUUUAUCUGUGCGGCUGACUCUGGUGUAUUUGCGAUCACUUUUGGCAACGAGACUAUUCGCAGUAUCCCUUACAACGCCGACAGCAACACGUUUGUGGCGUUUCUAUCGAAAUUCUCUUUCUAUGGUCAGAUUAACGUCUCUCUUAUGACACAUACUGGAGCAGCUACGAACAAUGUGUGUACAACUGGAGGCACGUUCGUGACGAUAACCUUCUCUGCACUUUGGCAUCGGGCGUUAGUGGACGAUUUGCCACCGAUGACGUUCUCUACUUUGGACUUGAAAGGUGUUCAAACUUUGUUUCUUGGCAACAUUAAUGGGUUUAUUGACGAAGAAACAAAAGAGGUUAUCAAGGGUUUUGACUCCUGUCGAGUUGCGGAAGAGCAGCAAUUCUUGUGCGGAGCUACGGGUGGAAACUUUGCGCUUACGUUCGAGGACGGCACAAAGAUUACUGGACUACCGUACAGUAUCACCGCCGAUACACUUAAGGCCACGAUCCAAAGCAAAGUCUCCUACGUUGUUGAUAUUGACGUCAUUUUUGCAGACGGACAAUCGACAUUCUGCAGCGAUUUUGGUACUACGACUAUCAUCCGCUUCGUUGUGGUUAAAGCCACCAGUGGAAACGGAGAUCUCGCUGAUAUUCUAGCUGAUCAUACGAAUAAUGGCGGCAUGGACGGACUUGUACACAUCGCGAAUCGUCUACAGUUCGCAUCGAGUUUCACUGAGACCGUAAAGGGAUCAUCGUGUGAACCUCUCGAUCAGACAUUUAGUACAGAUGCAACAUCUCAAAUGCAGACGCUCGUGGAGUUAGGUGGUGGCUCGUUCACAGUGACGUUCAGAGGAGCUACAACUCGCCCAAUUCCAGCCCAAUCUACAACACAGCAGCUAAAGACACUUCUGUUGGAACUACCCUCAAUUCAGGGUAUUGAUGUGAGCUUUUCAGGCUCGCAAACGUGCGAAACACCAGCAAACCUCGCGAGACUCACAUUUACCCAAAACUUUGGAAAUCUCCCAACUAUCGUGGUUCAAGGCAAUGAGAUGAGUGCCGGAUCUAGCGUUGUUGCUGCUGGUGGAGGGAAUGUGAUAUCGAAUGUCGUGUCUGUGGAUGGAACCAAAGAAAGUGAGGUGUGCUCAAAUCGUGGGUAUUGCGAUGACACCAAUCUUGGCCGCUGUAUUUGCCAUACAGGCUACACCAACAGUGAUGGUAACGGCAGUAUCAGUACCUUAGAGUUCAAUCGAGGUGACUGUGGUGCGCCAUCACGAAUUCCGGUUGGAUGUCCAGGAGAUCUCGCGUGUAGUGGACACGGCACAUGUUCUGAUAGGCUGUCUUAUCGCUGUUCAUGUUCAAAAGGUUGGCGUGGCGGAGACUGCUCUGAGAGAGUCUGCCCGUUUGGAUAUUCCUGGUUCGACUACCCGAGCGAAGACAACGUUGCACACCAAAUACGCACCGAGUGCAGUGGCGUCGGAGACUGCGAUCGAAGCAAUGCUAAGUGCAAGUGUCAGCCACCGUACACCGGCAGUGCCUGCGAUCUUAUGGCUUGUGGAGGUAGUGAAGUUGAAUGCAAUGGCAAUGGUCAAUGUUUGACUCUUUACGACUUGGCUCCAAUGAUUCGUGUGAAUGGAGUGACUCGAGAUUUUACGUAUGGAGAAGAUCCGAACGAUGUGUCCACAUGGGAUGCCCGUCGUAUUCGUACCUGCCUCUGUGACCCGUUCUACUUUGGCUACGAUUGUUCACUAAAGGAAUGCCCGCGCGGUGACGACUUUAACACCGACAAUGAUGAUAUCGAGCGGCAAUUGAUUCAGUGCAUUGCAGACGCCGGUAGCUUCACCCUCACGUUUCGAGACGAAACGACAACGAAUAUUCCCUACAACGCAGUUGAAGCAGAUAUAAAAUCUGCAUUGGAAGAGCUGUCCACGAUAGGAGCAGUGGAUGUUAUCUUCUCAGGUGGAGCUGUGGCUUGUUCCAACAGCAUAAACGUCGUCAUCAAGGUGGACUUCUUGACUGAACUGGGAGAGCUACCGUCAUUAUCAGGAUCCAACGCAUUGCUUCAGGACCGAAUCAACGGAAAUGCAAGAGAUGGAUCAGGAAAUCUUGUGUUCGUCACGGGUGGAGAUACACUGCUAGGCGAAACGUCUGUCAAAGGUACACGGGAGAACGCCUUCUGCUCCAACCACGGCAUCUGCGACUUCUCCACUGGCAUCUGCACGUGCCACGCCAACUAUGGAGGCAGCGACGGUAAGGGAGGUCCCGGUACUAUCGCUAACUGCGGCUUCCACGAGGUCAAGUAUGCUACAGGAUAA